GGCGGCCCGAGCGCGGGGAGGGAGCGAGUGGAGCGGUCAUGUGCCCGUGCCCCCUGCACCGCGGCCGCGGCCCCCCGGCCGUGUGUGCCUGCAGCGCGGGCCGCCUGGGUCUGCGCUCGUCCGCCGCGCAGCUCACGGCCGCCCGGCUCAAGGCGCUCGGCGACGAGCUGCACCAGCGCACCAUGUGGCGGCGCCGCGCGCGGAGCCGGAGGGCGCCGGCGCCCGGCGCGCUCCCCACCUACUGGCCCUGGCUUUGCGCGGCCGCGCAGGUGGCGGCGCUGGCGGCCUGGCUACUCGGCAGGCGGAACUUGUAGGAACGCGGGGCUUCUUGGUGGGGCCGGAGCCGAGACCCAGCCGGAGCGAGCAACAGGUUGGUGAAAACCCUGUGGCCUUGGAGAAAGCUGGUUCCCGUUUUCCUGAGGGGGAGCCCAGAGCUUGAAAGGCCGCAGUUGGCACUUCAAGAAGGAAGUGGAGAAUAAAGACGUCGCCUGGAGCAAUAGUAGCAUGGAGGAAUGGGACUGGGGAAGCCCUUUGGAUAUCCAGCUGCAGAAACAGACACCCCAAUGCUAUUUACAUACAGCUCUAUAUAUAAAAAAAAGAAAAUAUGAAUAUUACUACUCAGUGCAUGCCUUGUCGAGGACGUGGUCCCUCCCUUUUCUGCACCUUCCGAUAUGAACUUUGAUAUUCUUUCAUGUCUGGGGCACCAGAAGAGAGACGCCUACUGUGUACCUAGAAAAUUUGCAAAGACUGGUGGGAAUUAGCCUCAGAGUCGACCAACCGCCUGGGGAGGGAUACUGACAGAGUAAGAGGGAAAAUUGCCAAAGGCAAAAUA